AUGGUGAAAAAAUCCAUAGCUUUCUCUCUCCUCCUAAUCGCCGCCAUCUUCUCCGACAGCCUCCGUCCCGCCGCCGCCAAUUUCUACCCGAACAUCUCCGCCAUCCCUUCCUCCAUCCUCCCCAACGCCUCCGCCUGGGACUCCUUCGCCAAACUCGCUGGCUGCAAGAAGGGGGAGAAAACCGCCGGACUCGACCGGCUCAAGUCAUACUUCCACCGGUUCGGCUACCUCGACCCCGGCCCCGCCACAAACCUAUCCAACGACCUGUUCGACGAAGGCCUGGAGGCCGCCGUCCGGAGCUACCAGCUCAAUUUCAAUCUCAACUCCACUGGCAGCCUCGACGUACCAACCCUUCAGCGCAUCGUACAACCCAGAUGCGGAAACCCCGACGUCGUCAACGGCACCUCCACCAUGCGCCGCGGCGGCGGACACGCCGCCAACUCCACGGUGGCCCACUACUCCUUCUUCCCGAACCGGCCACGGUGGCCCGCCGGCCGGAGCGAGCUGACUUACGCCUUCAAUCCGGCGAACCAGCUGUCGGACCAGGUCCGGGCGGUCUUCGCCCGGGCGUUCGACCGAUGGUCGGAGGUUUCCACGCUGUCGUUCGUCGAAGCGGCGGCCGGCGGCCUGGCGGACAUCCGAAUCGGGUUUUUCACGGGGGAGCACGGGGACGGGGAGCCGUUCGACGGGGUGCUGGGGACGCUGGCGCACGCGUUCUCGCCGCCGGCAGGGAGGUGCCACCUGGACGGCGACGAGAGCUGGGUGGUGGACGGGGAUUUUCUCGGCGGAUCGCCGUUCUCGGCGGUGGAUCUGGAGUCGGUGGCGGUGCACGAGAUCGGGCAUCUGCUAGGGCUCGGCCACAGCUCGGUGGAGGAGGCGAUUAUGUAUCCGACGAUAUCGUCCGGUAGCCGGAAAGUGGAGCUGGCGGCCGAUGAUAUAAUGGGGAUCCAGGAGUUGUAUGGGGCGAACCCGAAUUAUAACGGGGAGGUGGACGCUGCGAUUGUCACGGGCUCGACACAAAGGAUUAGGGGGACGAGAAACCUAAAACUGAUGGGUCAAUCCCAGACUAAGCUCUGA